CUGUGGUGCUGACUACACUCUCUCUGCCUCUCUCCCUCCUCUCUCAUUCUGAGCCUUGCUGCCUGCCUCACACUCUCUCUCACUCUCUCUCACUCUCUCUCACUCCCUCUCUCAUUCCUCCACACCACUGCAGACAUGGCCGAUGCUUUCGUUGGCACAUGGAACCUCAAGAGCAGCGAGAAGUUCGAUGAGUACAUGAAGGAGCUGGGUGUGGGCUUUGCUACCCGUAAGAUCGGUGGCGUGACCAAGCCUACCACCAUCAUCUCGGUGGACGGCGACACGGUGACUGUGAAGACCCAGAGCACCAUUAAGAACACAGAGAUUUCCUUCAAGCUGGGAGAGGAAUUUGAUGAGACCACUGCCGAUGACAGGAAGGUCAAGUCCAUCGUGACAGUAGAUAGUGGGAAGCUGGUGCACAUACAGAGGUGGGACGGCAAAGAGACCAGCCUGGUCAGGGAAGUCAGCGGAAACAGCCUCACACUGACACUCACCCUCGGAGACGUUGUUUGCACGCGUCAUUAUGAGAGGGCAGAGUAAAACCCAACACCAAGUCCCACCUGAAACCUCUACUCGUGUCAGCUGAAGCCCGGCUGCACCCCAGACUACGUAACACCACUUCAACCCCGGCCGAGCGAGUGUUCCUUCGUACGGCUGCUGCUGAUUCCCCUCCGUGUUCCUUUAUACUGUACUCAGUACUGACAUUACUGCUGACUGUGACCUCCCCGUUCUUCUCUUGACAUGUUGUUCCUUCUACUGUAAGAAACACUGAAUAAAUUCCAAGGAUUUGUUGUUGUUUUUCUCUCUCAAAAAAAAAUAAAUAAAAAAAUCCAGAGCUGCA